AUGUCUGCUGGGAGGCGUCGUUUGGAAAAUGCUAUUCAAAUUGGAAGAGAAAUCGACUCCCGUCUGGAUGAAAGGUGUGUAGAAAAUAUUUUGGUGUCAAAGUAUGUAUGAAACAUCUUCUCAAUAUUAAAACAUAAUCCGAAUAACCAAGUAAACAAACAUUUUUUUGUCAUGUUAAAUGUUAAGCGAUUCCUCGUCGGGUUUAAGUAAAAUCUCAAGCGUUCAGGACAUCGAUUUCGGUGAUAUUGGUGGAGCAUUUUGCAUCAAUUUCUCGUCAGAUGACCAGUAUUUUGCUGUGGGAUGUGGAAACAGUGCUAUACAGGUAUAUUAUACAACAAAGAUAGGUAGUUGUCAGGGGAGACAAUAGAGAUUAAUGCUGACUGAAAGGUUUUUGGGGAAUUGCAUGCUGAAAAUAAUAUAGUCAAUAUUAUAGAGCAGGGUUGCAGGAACAAAUGAGUUCAGGGUAGCUGUUGUCUUGGUAACAAGCUUCCCCUGACAACUUUUCAAAUUUUGAUGAUCUUGGCCGGUCUCUGCAAUUCCAACAAAACACUUAAGAUUAAUAGCCAUCAUAACUACUUCACUGAGUUGUUACUAUCAAGUUGCGCUUAUGCACCAAUCAAUGUUAUGCCCGACCCUAGGGAGGGCAGGCAAGCCCAGGGGCAUUUGACAUUUUCAAUUUUUUUGUGUCAAUAAUCCCCACUAUGAAGCAGCACUUUGUGGUCAAUCGUUGUCAAAUGCCCCCACCCCUGAGUUAGAAGAAAACUACAAAGACGUUAUAACCUGCUCAAACAGUUUAUUUAUAUUUAUAAUAUAGCAUUUGUAAGCUAUAAAUUGGCUAAGAGCCAUGUUGAUAUAACUCGAUAUAAAACACAGAAAUUUCCUGUCGCUCUUGGAUUCACUUGUAAUCAUUAUUUUCUCCUUUCUUAUCAUUUAUUUCCUAGUCUAUUAAAUUAUGUAUUAAAAGCAAAAGUUAACAAGAUUUUAUUUUAAAAAGCUGCAAAUGAAGUGACACUAUUUAUGAAUUCACCUUGCAAUUUUCCUGAAAUACGCCAUGUUGGCCGCGCUUACUGAAAAUGAUAGGAGACUGGUAACAAGAAUGUCAAAAUGCCCGACCCUGGGGAGCUUCCUUGGUGUCAAAUAAAAUAAAAUCUCCAACUCAGAAGCAGGGAAAUUAGGUCAAUUCCCUGUGUAUCCCCGCCCUCCAUAGGGUCAGGCAUAACAUUGAUUGGUGCAUUAUAGCUCCUUGGUGCUUUUGUCAUGAGAGCAAGUGUCUUUCAUCUCGGAUCAUGAGUUAAUAAGAGCUCCAGACUCAUGUCACCAAUGUGAAAAGUUGGUUUUCUUCAGUACUCUGGUUUCCCUCACAGGGAGUGUUCACAGGGUGGGGUGGGAUUAAUCCCAAACUUACCCUUCCAUUGCAGCUGUACUCCAUGAUCAGACAUGAUUGGUAUUAAAGGCACCCUUAGUAAGCAUUUGACUGAUUCUGGUUCAGCUGUGUCCUUAUACCUUAUUCAGCUCAGCUCUCAGAUAUAAAUAAGGACAAUUAGAAGACCCCCACCUUGUUACUGUUAGUUGCUAUAUACCAUUUUAACAUUCAGGUGUAUUCUGUGAAGCAAGGGAAAAAACGACGACCAUUACGUCAUGGAUCGAAUUUUGGUCUUCCUGUUACCUGUGCGAAGUUUUAUCCAUUUAAUUCCAACUUUCUUGUAACUACAGGUAUAAAUUCUUCUGCACAGUUCAAUGUGUCUACAUGCAUGAUUGAAUAGUUUGUUUUAAUGAUGCAUAGACAAACUAUCAGAAAAGUAUGAGGCAGGGGUGGAAAAUUGUAUUUUUUUAGUUGAGAGUUUUGCAGAAAAUUUUCCAGAAAAUAUUUCAACAUUUUGAGAUAACUCUGUUUACUCAACUUACAAGUUACAACUAUUCUACUUUAGUUACACUUACAAGUUACAACUAUUCUACUUUAUUUACACAAAUUAAUUCUUUUACCCACCCCUGCCAUCACAAUGAGGUAAAAUGGUAAAUAUAUGCUCUGCAAAGUCUCCAAUAAAAUGCAAAUUAAAUAGUAAACAAAUAAAAGUGAUGGAAUAAAUAAGAUGACAGGACACUUAGUUAAGCAUUAGAUCCUUACUAGUUGGUCAUAAUUCAUAACUGUGGUAUAUAACAGACAACUAUUGCAAUGUACGAGCAUAUGAAAACCAGCCUAAAGCCUAUUAUUACUAAAGUACAAAUAAUACAAUAAUUAUGCAUUUGUUUUCUAUUUUUGUUUUCUAGCCUUCGACCCAGGUUCCCAGAUAGAAAAAUUUUUUUUCCACCCCUGGCCAGAGCAAUCAACAGUAUAUACAGAUCAUGCUUUUAUAUACAGAUCAUGCAUGCUGUAGAUCAUGCUUUUUUAUAAAAGUUUAAACCCAUUUAUGUGUUAAGCUGGACUUACACGAGCAACAAAAUUGCUGCAACUUGCAACAAAAUCUGAUGUCAUUGCAUGUUAAGUAGAAAUGUCAACACAUGCCCAGGUUGACAAUCUUGCCAAGAUCCCAGCAAGAUCUUACCCAAGAUCUUACCAAGAUCCUGCCAAGAUCUUACAUAAAUCCUGCAAGAUUAUGGAAGGAUCUUGCAGGAUCCUGCAAGAUCUUUCCAAGUUCUUACAGGAUCUUACCUAAGAUCUUGCAGGAUCUUGCCAUGAUCCUGCAAGAUCUUACCAAAAAUCCUGCAAGAUCUUGCCAAGAUCUUCAACCUGGGUGUUGCCUUGUGAUUUGUCAUUUAUGUGUAAACAUUUUCAAUUAACAUGCGUUGAAAUCAGAUUUUGUUGCAAGUUGCAGCAAUUUUGUUGCUUGUGUAACUCCACCAACAAAAUCCCCACAUGACAAAUCCCUGUCGAAAAAAAUCCCCCAAUUACCGAAUUCAGACAAAAACCCCACACGUGACACAUCUACUGUAUGUCAGAGUUGUUAUUUUGCCAUUAGCCAUUCCGAAGUUGAUGAGUGGACUGGGGACGAGUGUUAAAAAGUGCCCAAAUUAAGAAAUGAACUAAAUCACUAAAAAGACCACCUCAAAAUUAGUAUAAGUAUACAAAGUUUGAAGACGUUUACAUGAAUACUAUUCGAAUAAUAAGCUUUCGAAAAUUGUGAAAUUACUGAUUAAGAGAUUGUUUUUGGGACGCGCGUCCCAAAAACACAAAUUACGAUACAUUUCAUAGUAAAUAUCGCGAUUUUCGAAAGCUUAUUAUUCGAGGGGUAUUCAUGUUAACGUCUUCAAACUUUGUAUACUUACUAAUUUUGAGGUGGUCUUUUUAGUGAUUUGGUUCAUUUCUUAAUUUGGGCAAUUUUUAACAUUCGUCCCCAGUCCACUUCGGAAUGGCUAAUUGCAGGAAAGUGCAGUCCUCUUGGAGCAUUCCCACCGCUUAGUACUGGAACUGGUAGACUUCUUUGUAUACAUAUGUAUGACCAUUGUAACAUGACGUUUCACCUCCUUUGUUGCUUCCAAUGAUUACCGUCAGUAUUAUUACCUUCAGGUUGUGACUCACUUGUUAGAAAUGUGCUUUUUUACGAAAUGCUUUUGAGAGUUAUCCAUGCAUUUUGCUUUUGUUAUGAAUUGCUUUUGUCAUUGGCCCACGCGGACUGUUCUUCAUCCACGCAUUUUUUUUUGUUUUUGAUUGCUUUUGUCACUGGCCCACGCGUAUCGUUCUUUUGACCACGCGGAAUGCUAUUGUGAGUCAUUGCUCAUUGAAAUCUCGACGUUUUGAGCACGUACUGCGAGCAAAUCAAGCAAUUAAAAAACUUUCCUCAUUUUUAAAAUAUUUUGUCUGAAUUCAGUGAUUUGGGGGGUUUUGUCGUCGGAGAUUUUGUUAUGUGGGGUUUUUGGUCGGUAACCCGCAUAAUUACUUAGUAAAUUACGUAAUUACUGUAUGCUAAAUUCACUAUCGUAACACUACUGUGUCCUCAGUAAUUUUUCCUAUUAGAAUCUCAAGGUGACAUCACGAUCUGGGAUUUAACUGAAUGGACACAGCGAAGAAAGAUUUAUGAAAAAGGAAACGAGAUUCAGACAAUGGACUUCUCGCAUGAUGGAAAGAUUUUUGCAACAGCAGGAAAGGUAAAAAAUCAUGCUAAUAGUAAGGGUUUUUCUUCUCUCACUUAACUAACUAACCCUUGAGAACUUUUGUCAAUUUGGUUCUGAAACCGGUUUUCCGUAGACCAAUAAACUCUAGCCUAUCCUAAACGUUUUUUCACAACAGGACAGAACUGUACGUAUUUAUGACAGUGAUCGUUUGGACAUCAUUAAAGAUUUUCCUGGAACUGGAAUUUUGGAUGAAGACACGUGAGUAGUACAGAUUUUUUUUCUCAGAAAGACACAAUAUGAUACAAAGUUCAUCAUGCAAGUUUCUUUUUAUCACCAGAUCAGAACUCACGGAAUUUGGUCAUGGACGAAAAGUGUUUGCUUUGAAGUUUCAUCCGUUUGAUGACAAUGUGUUCAUUACUGGUGGAUGGGAUAAGUGUAUAAAGGUAACAUAUUGUUUCUUUCUUAAUUUCUGUUUAAAGAGUUGACAUUUUGGCAGAAAUAUUGGAUGAUACAACGUUUCUUCAAAAAUAACAUUAUAUAAAAAUAACGAGUUUUGAAUGAAAACUAGUUAUCUCGAGUAGGAAUGUUCGGUAUGAGAAAUUUCCGGUAUCGGUAUACCGAAAAAAUUAUACCGAUAUUAUCGGUAUACCGGUUUUCCUUUGAUAAUUAUAAAGGAAAAUUCUUUAAUGGAAAUUUUAAGGAAAUUUUGAGUAAUUCUAAAAGGGAAAACGAUAAUUUCGAAGCUGUUUCGAACAUGUUUCGAACGACACGUACUUAGUGUAAAAUCUCACUGAAGUGGAAAUUCUAAAUCAUUGCAGUAGAAAGUUCUUUGAAUUGCCAUUCAGUAGUAAAAAAUAAAGGUUAUGGUUUCGCCAUAUAGUUGGUAAAUUUAACACGGUAUACCGAAAAAUUCCGGUAUAUCGGAAAUUUCGGUAUAUCGGUAUGGUUGAAUAUCCGGUAUCGAUAUACCGAUAUUGAUUUUAAUACCGAUAUUUUCGGUAUAUCGGUAUACCGAACAGUCCUAAUCUCAAGCGGAAUUUGAACUCGCAUCUGCAAGUUCCUGACAACCGCUCUGCGGAUUGAGCUAUCAAGUCAACGGGGAUUAGAUCCCAAAACAUUUCAGCGCCUCCUUCCUUUUCGGUGGCAAAUGCUCGAAAAAUACCGAUUUGGAACUGUAUAGUUUAUACUGUCUGAUAAUCACGUGGUAUAUAUGGAUGACUAACUAAUCAUCUCAUGCAUAAAUGUUCAGAUUAUAUGGUAUUGUGAGGGGAAAAUCCCAGUGAGAAUAAUACAGACAAGUUCCUUGGAAAGUUUUCUCAAGAUUGCAGGUAUCAUGGUGUCACACAAUGACGUCAUUUGACGUCAUAACAAAAAUGCUACUUUUGCUUAAGGUGUGGGAUAUACGCAGUGCACAUUCAGUAAGAACGAUAUGGGGUCCCUACAUCUGUGGAGAUGCCUUGGAUAUGUGCGUGGAUAACAUUCUUACUGGAUCUUGGGUCGCUGAUAACGCAUUACAGGCAGGUUUUCAAGAUGCAUUUACACUAUAUCUUGGAGUGAUUUAAAAACUGAUCUAGUUUAGAUUUGUUAUUGGUAUCUGACCGCCUCAAUGGAAUUUGACAGUUGAUAGUUGAUGGAACUGUAUUAAAGUUAAAAGAGUGUACAUGAUAGCAGGGCUGCAAAUUACUGUCGGACAUCGGACAAUGUCCGACUAAAUUUGGCAAAUGUCCGAGCAAAAGUAAUUUUGAUCGGACAUUGGUCAGAUCACAAAAAAAAAUUGUCACAUUAUACAUUUUUUUGCUGUGACAAAAUCCGAUUGCAAAUGGAGGCAUUCUGUAGCAUUUUACUUAACGUUGCGCCGAAAUGGCUAUACAUACUUGUCUCGUGACUUAUAUAUAUCUUGUGACGUAUAUAUAUGUCCGACCAAAAUUUAGUGGUGUUGGUUUUUGUCCAACCAAAUUCAAGUUAUGUCCGACCAAAAUUAAAAGUGAUCGGACAAAUGUCCUGUCAAGUCAAAUAUUUAUUUGCAGCCCUGUGAUAGUUGAUAACUACUAUUUAAAGCACGCGUAGGAGUGCUUUAUCAGAUAUAAAUCACGAGUGCGCAGCACGAGUGUUUUAUAUCUGAUAAAGCACGACUACAAGUGUUUUAAAUGAGUUCGUAUGAGUUCAUUGGCAAAGUAGUUUUAAAAUAAACGUUGUUUAAGCCGAUCGAGAAAAGCAAAGCUAAAGUUUAUAUAAAUUAACCAGUGGCGGACAGUAUAAAAGUCUGGUACCAAAUAUCACAAUUCACAAGCAUUGUUUAGGAGCAAGUGGCAAGCAUUCAAUCACACAACUGUACAUUAAACAACAACGCUAAUUGACAUGAGUAAUUGAUUAUCGUAGAAAAAGUAUCUAAUAUCAGUCAAAUGACACAACUCGGGACUCUUUAUCCAUUUCAUCAAAUGACCCAUGUUCUAAAAGAUUCGCAUAACUUAGAGUCUUAAACGGACACCGAAACCCCUUUGGCAUACAUGUUGAAAAUGUCGCCCCCAAUACUUCGUGCCGCCACUGAAAUUAAUAUUAUUUUUCACCACAUAUAAAACUACCGACACGGCAGUGAUACCAUUGAUGGACCACAGUUGUACGCAUGAGAAAUUUUAUGACAAUAAAUCAUUGUUUGUAUUCGGUUGAUAAUUGAUAGAAAUGCAUGGAUGAAAACUAUGUCCACAAUAGACUGUAGAGUUAAUGAGAGUUCACAUGUAUACAAGAACGAUAGUUACAAGUUCAUCAACUCUUCCUGAAUUAUAUUUUGUUAUCUCAUUUUAGAUCUGGGAUUUUAAAAGUGGUGGACUUAUUGAAACAGUACCGUUUCCCUCAGAGAAAGGAGCAUUUCUUUACUGUGCUCGGUUCUUGAGUGAGGACUUGAUAGCCGCUGGAGGGAGUGGAACUAGGGACUUGAAACUUUUAUACAGAGAGACACAUGAGGUUUGUUGUGGAUCAUAAAUAUGAAGUUUAAUCAAACACAGCUUAAGGGACCACUGUUCAACGCCCCAAUGUGUUGGGUACUGGUUUUUUCGACCUUUGUAAAAAUUCAUGUAAACCUAGUCAUAAGCAAAGCUUUACCUUGGUCAGGGCUUUCAAAUUUAGGCGUAAAAAAAUAUACCUGUGGUUCCGGUUCCCGACCGACCCUAUUUUUUUCUGCCGACCCUAUUAUUUUUUCAGCGCGAUUGACCGUACGACCUUAUUUUCUCCAGGUGGUUGCGGGCUGCUCAUACAGCAUGCCAAAUGGCGUCUGUUGUCACACUAAUUAUUGAACCAAAUUGCCUAAAUUCGUCCAUAGGAAAUACGCAUCUCUAGUUAAUAUUGAUGUCGGGACUCUACUGCAAAUCGCCCAGCAAAAAAAACCCGCCAAAACCAUGAAAAAAAUAUUCAAAAAAAAAAUUUAUUUCCGACCUACCGACCCUAAUUUUUUCACGAUAUGAAACCGGAACCACACGUAUUUUUUUUACGCCAAAUAACCCGGCGGUCGCGGGAGCUCCGGCGGGUAGCACGAGGUUUACCGCCGGUUACUUUGAUAGUACUUGAAGUAUCAAUUCUGCUCUCCUUCCUCCAUUCUAUAAGCUUUCAAACAAAGUUAUUUUUGCCAUCUUAAGUUUGAAGAAUGAAAGUAGUGAUACAUUAUAAUUUGGUUACAGAGCUCAGUUGUGUUGCUAUCAAUAUACACUAGUUAAUUUGGAUGACUUGAAGACCCCCCAGACCGCUCCCCACAGCCGCCGGCUACUUUAUCAACACAGCCACCUACUCAGAAUAUUUGUGAAAGCCCUGCUUGGUGAUCCUUGAAGAUCAGCAAGGACCCUGGGCGGAUCCUGAAAGAACAAAUCGUAUGAUGACAGGAUCCAGAGGCAAUCCUGCCAGGACCCUAGAGAUCCUUAGAGAUCCUUGGUAUGCUUGAGUUUUCUGUCAUGGAUCCUGUUCUUCAAUGAUCCUUGCCAGAAUUUUUGUAAAAUCCUGGCAGAAUUCUGAAGUAAAAUGUUUGAGAAAAUCCUUGAGGAUUUGGUUGUAUCUUAAUGUUUUGCAAACGAAUAUAAAUGCAGGGUUUGAGACUUGAGUUAGAAAUAGUUGUGGUUGAGCUCUCAUAAUUAGUGAAAUAUAUUUGUGUGUGACAUAAAUAUGCAACCAGAGUAUGUUUCAUUCCUUUCUCAGGUUGCUGGUUGUUUAGACAAUGAUGGUCGAACCAUUCAAGCUCUGGAUACUGCAGAUGAUGGUCAUUUAUUGGCAAUGGGUAGUACUGGUAACCAUGUACGACUGGCCAGUAUUCUGUGA